UUUCAGAAUUUACAGCCAUAAACUAAACAUGUUGAGCUGUGUUAUUCCUGAGCUUGAUGAAGGAAAUAUCUGUCCUACUUGUCCAAAACUGAUGGUGUGAUCUUUGAGUCUCUUGAUGCUCUAUUUAUUGGACGAAGGAAAAAGCUGGGCAGAGUCUUGGAAAACCUCUAUUUGGACAGCUGAUGUUCUAUGAUCAGACACAUGUUGAUCAAUUUGUUGCAAAUUAUACCUCACCUACAUCAAACAAGGAGUGUCAUGGUUUUCUUGCUGGGAAUGCUGUUCGAUCAAUGAAUCGCUACAGAGCUCUUGAUGAAACAGCAAUCUUUGGGCAGGCUGUCGACAUGAGUUUCCUAAAAAUUCUUAAAUUUGAAACAUGGAGAGAGAUUGAGCUAUGCAGUUUAUGUUCUCCAAGAAUUAGAGAAAGAUAAUGUUGAUAAUCCUGCACUCAAAAUAAACAUAUUGUAUGAUGUUGCAUACAUGUUGGUGAAACACUUACAGAAUUUGGAGGAUCCGAUUGUUGACAUUUUUCAAUUUUCAAUUCCAAUUUUUCACUGCUAUGGGCAUGUUGGACGAUGCCAAGUUAAAUUUAGUCCCCGUCGUAAAGAAGGAUUUGGCCUAACUGACGGUGAGAUGUUGGAGAGAUUGUGAGCUUACAUUCGCAAAUUUAGCAGAAUGACUAAAGAAAUGCGUCCAAGUCACAGAGUUGAUGUACUCAGUGAUGCUCUUUUACAUUAUGGAAAGAAAACGAAGAUUAAUUUAGGCAAUUUGCUGAUGGCAAGGAUGAAGCGAGCUGUUGACGUGGAAGAAACUGCAAAAUCAGAUAUUGAAAAGUUAUGCAGGUGCUUUCCGUCUCACAGGAUUUCAAUAGAUGAUAUUCGUGAGUGGAUGAAGGACGAAUCGACUUUUUUUGGUCGUGAAGUUGAGACUGAAGAAGAAGAUUGGAAAUGCAAGUACGUUAUAUACCUGGACUUGUACGCUGAUCUUUACCAUCGAUGGAAUGGUUGCACUGAUCCAAGUGAACUGACUGUUCCAUUUAAUCAGAUGAAAAAAUUGACAUGCAGUUGAAGAUCAUGGAAAGGGAAAACUCAAUUUCUGCACGCUGUCAAAAUACUGACUCAGAGUACGAAAAUGCAUAGGCUUGGAGCAUGGAGUAUGUUUGUUGAUGAAGAAACUAUUGCUAAACCAUCUGAGGAAAAGUCGACAAUCCUUGAGGAGUAUGAAUUAUCGAAGAAAAACAAAUCAAAGAAAGAUGAUAUGAAACCUUCAGAAGAGAAAUCCACAUUACACAUUAAAGAUGCAUAUGACUAUCAAGGAAGAUCAUAUCUUCACAUUCCACAAGAUCUUGGCAUUAAUCUCAAGUCAGAUACUCCUCCAGAACGUUGCUUUCUACCAAAACAACAUAUUCAUACGUGGUCUGGUCACACUAAAGGUGUUUCUGCAAUAAGAUUCUUUCCGAAAUCUGCUCAUCUUCUUCUGUCGUGUAGCAUGGAUUGUAAAAUUAAGGUAAAAGUCAUUUUCUCUGUCUUACAUGUCGUUGUUCAUUUUGAGUUUGGUUGUACAUCGUUGAAUGUUCCUCCAACAUUACUGGAGAAACUGCAAGAUGAUAUUCAUGUAAGCGCCAACGGCUCUGUUUUUGUAAAAUCUAACAUAAGACGAGGAAUUUUACCCAGAAUGUUAGAGGAGAUAUUAUACACACGUAUUAUGGUAAAGAAAGCGAUGAAAGAUUGUAAAGAUGAUAAAACUCUUCUUCAACUUCUUGAUGCUCGACAACUUGCUUUAAAGUUGAUUGCAAAUGUCACUUAUGGUUACACAUCAGCAAACUUCUCAGGACGAAUGCCUUGUGUUGAGAUUGCUGACGCCAUUGUUCGUAAAGCACGCGAGACCCUGGAACGAGCUAUUAAUCUCGUGAACACAAGGGACGAGUGGGGUGCUCGUGUGGUAUAUGAGGACACCGGUAAUCUUUUUGUAUUAGUAAAGGGUGACAGUAAAGAGGAAGCGUUUAAGAUUGGAAAAGAAAUUUUUGAUGCUGUUACUGCAGAGAAUCCUAAACCUGUGAAACUAAAGUUUGAAAAGGUAUAUAUGCCUUGUGUUCUUCAAACAAAGAAACGUUACGUUGGUUAUAUGUACGAAACAUUAGAACAGAAAGAUCCAGUGUUUGAUGCGAAAGGAAUAGAGACUCUACGGCGAGAUACAUGUCCAGCGGUCGCUAAGAUUUUAGAGAAGUCUUUAAGGAUUUUAUUUAAAGAAAGAGACGUGAGUCUUGUGAAGAAGUUUGUCCAGCGGCAGUUCGUUAAAAUGAUGAAAGAUAGAGUAUCGAUUCAGGAUUUCAUCUUUGCUAAGGAAUAUCGUGGAAUGAAAAGAUAUAAACCAAAAGCAUGUGUUCCAGCUUUGGAAAUUGCAAGACGUCAUUUGUCACGUGAUCGUCGCGCGCAACCUCGCGUGGGAGAACGUGUACCUUACGUCAUUGUUAACGGCAGUCCUGGACUACCAUCGAUUCAAUUGGUUAAAGAUCCUAUUGAUGUGUUAAAUGAUAAAAAUCUACGCCUCAAUACCAUCUACUAUGUUCAGAAACAAAUACUUCCUCCAUUGGAUCGAGUUUUUUCCUUGAUUGGUGUUGAUGUGUUUUCAUGGUAUACACAACUACCCCGCUAUAUCCCUCGACAUCGUGUUAUUGCAAGGAAACAAAAACGUUCGAUUUCUCGGUUUUUUACAACUCUACACUGUCCUGUAUGUGAACAAUUAACACAGCAUGGUUUGUGUCAAAGUUGUCGUAGCAACCCUCAAAAGUCUGUCUUUAUUCUGGCAAGUAGAGUGGGGAACUGGGAAAGAAAAUACAGUCAUCUUAAAGAGAUAUGUUUUCAGUGUUGUGGAGCUAGAGAUGAACAACUGAGCUGUAUAUCACUGGAUUGUCCUGUUAUGUUUAAACUAGAGAAGUUAAAACAAAUAUGGAAUAUGGAAUGACAUUAAGAGACUUUCAAAAACAAUUGAAGAAAGUUAUGGUCAGUCAGAGGUAAACAAUAUAACCACCAAACGUUGAUGGUAUAUUAUCAUCGUUGAAAUCUUGAUGAAAUAGAGAUUUCACAUUUUUCACUAGAGCA